UAAAUCAAUUUUUUCUCACUAUGACUAUUCAGCAAGUGUUUUGUCAAAGUGGUUGUGGCAGGUACUGGAAGGCAUACUUAGGAAUUUGCCAAAUGAAUGCUACAGAAGAAGAAAAUAGACAGUAAAACACCCCUCACCAAAUUGUCGGGGAGGGGCUGUUCUGUAUGUAGGAAAAUUUUUGUUAUGGAAAAUCAAGAUUGGGUGAUAACGAUCACUGAUACAUUUUUAAAAAUCAGAUAUAACUGUUUCAAAAUUGAUUCUAUACCUGCAACGAUAAUUACACAGCACAUCACACAUCACUAUUUAAAGGAGCACUACUCAUAUAAGAGCAAAAUAAAAUAAAAACAUAAUACAUAUACAAAACACAUUUAAAACUUUACAACAUAGUAAUGAAAUUAAUUCAAUAUGCUGUUUUUUCUCCUAAAAUAAUAGGCUCCAUUUAAUUUCAUAUAACAUGAAAAUGUGCAAGAUAUGAUGUUCACGUCCAAACAUAUACAAUCUAUACAUUACAGGACGUGAACGCUCUUUAAGUUGAAAAGUACAGAUUACAGUGGAACCUCCCUACUAUGAGAGCUGACAAUGGCGAGAGAAAUCCAGGUACUCGUAAUAACUGAAAAUAGAAAAUCCAAGCCUAAGUUAGAAUACUGAGCCUUCCAAAAAUAUCUUAAUAUUACCCUGAAGUAUUUCAAAAUCUACAUUGAAUUAAAAACAAAUUGAACCCCAUUUCUCCAAGAUAGUAGUGUGAAAAAUAUCUUUAUGCACACCAAAGCCAUGUAUGUAUAUGCAUAUUAAAAAUUUGAAAAUCUAUACUAUAAUAUAACAGUAGUUUUUUUUUCUGUCUGUCUGUUUGUACGCGGUGUUCUACAAAACUACUAUACAAAUUUUAAUGGGGUUUUCAAGUUAACUUGAGCGUAGCAGAGAAAGAAAUAUAAGCUUUAUUUCAUCAAAAUCGGCUCAAGGAAAGAAAAGAAAUCUUAAUUUUAUGACAUACAAUAUAAUCAUUAUAAGAAGCCAUUAAGUUUUGCUAUUGUAAGGAACUAAGUAGAGAGUAGAAAAAAAUAAAGAAUCUGACAGUUUGUAGUGUCGCCAUAUUUGUUUCAAUUUUCAAUACCCUUUUUGUAUAUUACAAUUUAAAUUACAGAAAAAAAUCAUGUUUCAUAGACACAUAAAUAGUGAGUGUGUGUCAUUUCUCUAUGUCCACGAGGUCUCGCCGCGUCAAUUUUUCUCCUUGGGGCGAACCCGUCCGCUUCAUUAAAUAAACAGCUUUUAUCGUUGAAUGAUUUCAUGAUUUGUUUCAUGAAAAUCUGCUCUCAUAAAAAAGUUAGUUUUAUAGACAUUCAAUAGGUGUCUCUCUCGCUCCCUCUCUGAAAAUCAAUCUAUGAAUCGUUACAAAUUUAUUUCCUUUAUUCAUAUCAGGAUCUUUGUUGUGGUUGCGUGUUUCUUCUGGGAAUAGUUACAAUAUGUAAGGUUGUGUUUGGUUGCAAGUUUGUGUUUUAUUAUUGUAUGAGUUUCCAGGUUGGUUUCCAUCUCUUCAAGCUGCCAGCAAAGAUAAGAAAUGAUAGCUGAAAGGAAUGAGUUUGUAAAAAAAAUGACUCGAAAAAGGUCUAAUCUGUCUUCUAAUACUAGAGCAGCAAAAAUAUUGAAAACUAUUAGAUCUCAAGAAACUAAUGAAGAAAGAAACGAACGACUAAGCUCUCAGCGGAAACGUCAGUCAUCGUCUCGCGCCUCCGAGACUUUCACUGAAAGAGAAUGCAGGUUGAGCACUGACCGUGAACGCCACAGGUUGUCUCGCACUUCGGAAACAUUUACAGAAAGCGAAUCCCGUCUGACAGUUGACCGUGAGCAUCAUAGGUUGUCUCGCGCCUCCGAGACUUUUACUGAAAUAGAAUGCAGGUUGAGCACUGACCGUGAGCACCACACAUAGUCUCGCGCUUCGGAAACAUUUACAGAAAGCGAAUCCCGACUGACAGUUGACCGUGAAAACCAUAGGUUGUCUCGUGCCUCCGAGACUUUUACUGAAAGAGAAUGCAGGUUGAGCACUGACCGUGAACGCCACAGGUUGUCUCGCACUUCGGAAACAUUUACAGAAAGCGAAUCCCGUCUUGACAGUUGACCGUGAGCAUCAUAGGUUGUCUCGCGCCUCCGAGACUUUUACUGAAAUAGAAUGCAGGUUGAGCACUGACCGUGAGCACCACACAUUGUCUCGCGCUUCGGAAACAUUUACAGAAAGCGAAUCCCGACUGACAGUUGACCGUGAGCACCAUAGGUUGUCUCAAGCCUCCGAGACUUUUACUGAAAGAGAAUGCAGGUUGAGCACUGACCAUGAGCGCCACAUGUUGUCUCGCGCUUCGGAAACAUUUACAGAACGCGAAUCCCAACUGACAGUUGACCGUGAGCGCCAUAGGUUGUCUCGCGCCUCCGAGACUUUAACAGAAAGAGAAUGCAGGUUGAGCACUGACCGUGAGCGCCACUUGAAUUUUGAUCAAUUAUGGUACUUGCUAAACAGAAUUUCCUUUUCAUCUGAAGACUCUGAUGAUACCCAAGAAGCAGUUAUGGAGCAUGAAGUCAUUCCUUGGGUUGAUAAUGAAGAGAGUGCAUUUACUUAUACAGAAAUGAUUAACUGUGCUACCUUUGCUUCAAUCGGGGGAAUGAUUGUUAUCUGUCCGUUUUGUAAUGCUAUGAAGUGGCAAAAAGAAACAAGUGGGAUGUGUUGCUCUAAUGGAAAAGUGAAUAUCGAAAUUUUUAACAACCCCUCUGAGAUCUUGAAAGCACUACUAAAUGGUGACCAUCCACAAUCACGACACUUUUUAGAAAAUGUUCGAGCAUUCAAUAGUGCCUUUCAAAUGACAUCCUUUGGAGUAAAACAAAUAUCAGAGGGAAAUUUCAUGCCUACCUUCAAGAUUCAGGGUCAGGUUUGCCAUCUUAUAGGUUCGCUGCUGCCUGAAAAUGAGCCAAAGUUUCUUCAGAUAUAUUUUGUGUCAGACUAUAAAGAACAGGCAAAUAUUAGGAACCAAAACUUUCCACAGUUAAAUGGUCCCCUUAUCAAUAUUCUUCAAAAUAUGCUGCAUCAAGUGAAUCCAUAUGUGCAAAGUUUUAAAUCCGCAUUGGAAUCUAUUCCACCAGAAAAAAACAAUGAUUACAAAUUUGUCAUUAACGCAGACAACCGACCCACUACUGAACAUCGUGGCAGAUACAAUGCUCCAGUCAUAAAUGAGGUUGCAGCUAUUUUAGUAGAUCAAGAAUGUGAACGUCGUGAUAUCGUGUUGCGCACUCAAGACGAUCGCCUUCAAUGCAUCUCCGAAACACACCGGGCUUUUGACACAUUGCAGUACCCAUUAAUAUAUUGCCAUGGCGAAAAUGGAUACAAUUUUGGGAUACCUCAAUUUAACCUUAGCACAAGAGAGCCCAAUAUGAAUAAAAAAGUAUCAGCGCAACAGUUUUAUGCUUUUCUUCUGCAAGUAAGACACGAUAGCUUUGUCUACUUGCAAAGAUUUCGGGGGUUUUUCAGUCAGUUUAUAGUUCAAUAUGUAUGUCAAAAUCGAGACGGAGUGCUUAGUGUACAUACGGACCAACCAAACACAAUUGCGCGCUGAAGAAUAUGUGCAUUUACGAGAUGAUAUGCAACAAGAUGCUUACUUAGAGAAUCUCGGCCGUUUAGUGAUCCUUCCAUCCAGCUUCACAGGCGGGUCACGUUAUAUGCACGAGCGUACGCAAGAUGCAUUCUGCUAUGUCCAAAAAUAUGGCCGCCCAGAUCUAUUCAUCACAUUUACCACAAACCCAAAAUGACCUGAAAUCACACAAGCACUUUUGACAGGUCAAGCAUCUUAUGAUCGUCAUGAUGUGGUUGCGAGAGUAUUCCAUUUAAAAUUGAAAUUAUUGGUGGAUUUACUCACUAAAGAAAAUGUUUUUGGGUCAGCAUUGUUUUAUGUACAGUGUUGAAUGGCAGAAACGUGGCCUUCCUCAUGCACAUAUCCUACUCUGGUUGCAUAAAAAAAUAUGUCCCAUUGAUAUCGACAGUUUGAUAAGUGCCGAAUUUUCUGAUCCCAAAGAGGACCCAGUGCUUUACCACAUCGUAAAAACACAUAUGGUGCAUGGCCCCUGUGGUACCAUAAAUAGGAGCUCUCCCUGCAUGAAAGGUGGCCGCUGUAUGAAAAUGUAUCCCCGCGCACUUACAGAGCACACACUAAAAGGUGAAAAUGGAUUUCCCAUGUAUCGACGUCGAUCCCCAGAACAGGGCGGGUUCACUGGAGAAAGUAGAGAAUGCGGGCAGUAAAUUACAAUCAUUAAUAGCUGGAUUGUUCCUUACUCGCCCUUACUCUCUAAAACGUUUUGUGCACACAUCAACGUGGAAAUUUGCAACAGUGUUUCGGCAAUAAAGUACAUUUGUAAAUAUGUAAACAAAUGGAGCGACCAAGGGGCAUUUGCUCUGCAAGGAACCGACCGAGACGAAGUUACCAGGUACCAAACCGGACGCUACAUAAGUACCUCUGAAGCCAUAUGGCGAAUACUAGGAUUCUCUAUACACGAGCGACAUCCCACGGUCAUGCAUCUGGAUGUUCAUCUGCAAAAUGGUCAGCGGAUAUACUUUGACCCUGGAAAUGUAAGAAACCCUGUGGAAAAUCCUAGGCAAACCUCACUUUUGGCUUUUUUAAAGCUGUGUCAAGAAGAUGAUUUUGCAAAAACGCUAACCUACGAAGAAGUACCAUCUUAUUACACUUUUGACAAGCGAAGACGUGUUUUCAAUCGUCGACGACGCGGUCAGCUGGUGGAUGGAUUUCCAGGAGUGUGUAGAGAUGCUGCUUUAGGGCGAGUGUACACAGUUCACCCCAACAAUGGCGAAUGCUAUUACUUGCGCAUGUUAUUGCAUACUGUUCGAGGGCCCACUUCAUUUACCUUUUUGAAAACAGUCAAUGGCGAAGAGCAUGCAACAUUUCAAGCAGCUUGCAGGGCACUCUAUUUGCUUGAAGGAGACCAACAUUGAGACGAAACUCUUGAAGAGGCCUGUGUUAGCGAUAGUCCCAAACACUUUCGUCAUUUGUUCGCUGUGAUGUUGGUGUUCUGUGGUGUUUCAGAUCCUUUGGCAUUAUGGCAAAAAUACAAGACAUCUUUCUGAAGACUUCAUAUGCCUCCUACAACACAAUUCAGACAAGGAAAUUGAUACGAAUGACGAAAGAGCAAUCAAUAGUUGCCUUUUUUCCAUUCAAGAAAUUGUGUUUUCGAUUGGGGGCAACUCCGUAAGUGAAUAUGGCCUUCCUGUUCCCCAAAUUCUAUCCGAUCAACCACGCCUCAAUCGCGAAUAUGUUGCUGAGACUAGCUACAAUACUGCAGCAUUGACCACCACAGUAAAUGACCAGUGUGGUCGUUUCAAUCUAGAACAAAUGGAUAUAUUUCAAACAGUCAUACGAAGCGUACUUCAUAAUGAAGGGAAGCUAUUUUUUUUGGACGGCCCCAGUGGUACUGGAAAAACCUUCGUGACAACAGCAAUUCUCGCUGAGAUCAGGCGACAAGGUAAGAUUGCCCUGGCAGUGGCUUCAUCAGGAAUUGCAGCUACUUUACUCCCUGGUGGAAAAACAGCUCAUGCUAUGUUAAUUCCAGUCAAUUUAGACUCUAAUGAAACCCCAACAUGUUCGAUAACAAGAAAUUGUGAUAUGGCAAAAGUGUUACAAGAUUGCUCUCUAAUCGUUUGGGAUGAAUGCACGAUGGCGAAUAAAAAAGCAGUUGAAGCUGUGGACAGGACACUACGGGACAUUAGGCGCGAUGAAAGGCCAAUGGGGAAUGUCAAACUACUCUUUUCUGGAGAUUUUCGGCAAACUCUACCAGUUGUAAGUCGAGGGAUUAGAGCCGAUGAAAUCAAAGCUUCACUGAAGAAUUCUUACCUCUGGCCUCAAAUAAAAAAAACUGCAAUUAACAAUUAACAUGAAAGCACAGCUGGGUGGUAAUUCUCAUGCGGAAGAAUUUUCCGGUGUUCUAUUAAAACUUGGAGAAGGUGCCCUCCCUGAGCAACACGGUCAGGUGACGCUUCCAGAAAUACUUGGCAGAGUCGUAUCUUCGGAAGACGAACUCAUAUGUUCGGUAUUCGGGGAUCUGUCAAACAUACAACAUCAGGAACAUGCGUGGUUAUGUGAACGUGCCAUACUCACUCCAAGAAAUGACCAAGCUGCUGCAAUCAAUGAAAAAUUUUUAAACGAAUUGAAUGGGGCUGAAGUGGUUUACACAUCGUUUAACAGCGUCCUUAAUCAGGACGACUCCACUAAUUAUACAGUUGAGUUUUUGAGGUCUCUCACUGCAAGUGGUCUUCCUGUUCACAAAAUUGUUCUCAAAGUCGGUGUUCCAAGAAUGCUUCUGAGGAAUCUUACUCCCCCAAAAUUGUGUAAUGUAACCCGACUUAAAGUAACUGCUCUACAACGAUAUAUAAUCAAAGCUGAGAUUCUUACUGGAUGUGGCUCAGGUGAAACUCUUUUCAUACCACACAUACCGACCAUCCCGAAUAACUUCCCGUUCGGGUUCAAGCGCACACAGUUUCCAAUAGCAGUUUGUUUCGCGAUGACAAUAAAUAAGUCUCAGGGUCAGAGCUUAAGGCAGCUGGUGUAGACUUAAGGUCUGAUUGUUUUUCUCACGGUCAGAUGUAUGUAGCUUGCUCGCGGGUCAGUAAUGCAGACAAUCUUUACAUUCUAGCUCAAGACGGGAAAACAGUAAAUGUGGUUUACAAAGAAAUUUUAUGAAAUGUCUUUCCGACAUUACAUUUGAAAGUAGAAACAUAUUUACCCAAAAUUUAGGUAGUAACAUAUUUUUAUUGCAAAGACUUAAAUAGAGGUGAGAAAAAUUAUCAUUUGUGAACAUAAGAAAACUACUACAACUGUAUCAACUGUUAUGUUAUAAUGUUUACAUUACUAAAUGGUGCAAGAUAAUACAAAAUGCCAUGCGGAAAAUGUCGUGGGCAGCAGCUACGUAUAGUUAUAGGUAUAGGGCUAUGCAUGCUGAUUUUUCAUAUACUGCAUGGAUGCGAACAUGUAAGAAUAAUCUAUUUAUCUUACUAGAAUAAAACCGUAGUUCUUUUUUUGUCUGUCUGUUUGUACGCGGUGUUCUACACAACUACUAUACGAAUUUUAAUGUGGUCUUGCGUAUAACACUCAUUACUUAAUUAUUUGCCUUCAAUGCAGUUACCUUAUUUCACGUCCAGCGAAGCGGGCGGGUUCAGCUAGUGAUAAAUAUUAAAGCAACAUCAAACAAGCCACAUAAAUGCAUCCAUACCUCAUUGUUGUAACUAUUUGUAUUAUUAUUUCAGGAACACUACAAAUAAGAGGCCGAACCAUUUUAGCACAGCCAUUAUCAUUGCUGGCGGUUGCAGAAGCAGCUUCGCCAAGUUGUGCAUCAUGUGUAAUUACCUGUAAUAACACAGAUUUGAUAGGAUGCAUACUGUGUUAUUUUAAUGUAGUAUUACACUAAUGCAAUAUAAGCCUGCCGAGUUUUCUCAUACUAACCUCUACGAAGUGAGCUGUCUCCCAGUUUUCUUAUACUCCCCAUGGUACCUCAAGAACAUCCUGUAUUGUCAUACUGGCACUCUCAUUUUCAUUGUUGGUUGUCGCAGAAGUAGCUUUGAAGAAAGUUCUGCUUCUUUUUUCUCUCUUCAUUGUUUAUUUCUGUACCACAUGCCAAUUCUACGAGGGUUAUUUUUUUUUCAACCUCCGAUCGGCUGUAAUAAAAAAACGGGAAUGAAUUGGGAAAUUAUUUUAAUGUCAAAAGAAACGUACAUCUUUACUCUAUUUUUCUACAUAAUCACCGUGCAGAUUGAGGCAUUUGUCGUACCGAUGCACCAGCUUUUUAAUACCCUCUGCAUAAAAUGAUGCCUCCUGCCUAUUCAGAGCCACGUUUUAACAGUGCUCUGCAGUUCAUCAUUGGUGUUGAAGCGUCGUCCUCCAAGCCACUUUUUCAACGUGGGGAAAAGGUGAUAGUCACUCGGUGCCAAAUCCGGACUGUAAGGAGGGUGAUCAAACACUUCCCAUCGAAAUCUUGCAAGGAGUUGUUGUGUUACGGCGACAGAAGCAAGACAACACCAGAUGUCAGCAUUCCUCUCUGCAUGUUGCAUAUCGACUGUCUUAGCCGUCGUAGUGUCGCGCAGUAUGCAGCAGCAUUGAUUGUUGUCCCUGGCUCCAUGAAAUCAACCAGUAGCACACCUUGGUGAUCCCAGAAUUUUUUAGCCAUCUGUUUCGUGGUGCUGAAUGUCCGUUUGAACUUUUUCGGCUUGUUUGGAGAAUAGGUGUGCAUCCACUGUUGUGAUUGAAGUUUUGUUUCUUCAUUUUCGUAAUGAAUCCAUGUUUCAUCACCUGUCACAAUUUGAGUCAAAAAGUGUUCACAAUCGUCUGCGUAACGCAGCAAAAACGACAAGGCUGAUGCCAUUCGCCGCUCCUUGUUGAUGUCAGUCAACAUCUUGGGUACCCAUCGGGCACAGAUUUUCCUGUAUCUGAGAUUGUCUGUAACAAUGGCGUAUAGGGCUGACCUUGAAAUGAGCAGAAAUUGUUCAGACAGUUCUGAAAUCGUGAAUCGACAUCUCUCACGAACAACUGCAUCAACUCUCUAAACUGUUUUAUCUGUUGCUACCGACUUCCUUCCUUGGCCACCUUCAUCAUGAACAUCAAUACGGCCUUCGCGGAAUUUCCGACACCACUCUCGCACAACGCCAUCGCUCAUAAAGUUUUCACCGUACACAACACUCAUUCGGCGAUGGAUUUCAGCUGCAGUGUGCCCUUCUGCCUGUAAGAAAUGGAUGACUCCACGCAGCUCGCAUUUCGCCGUACAGUUUAUCGUUGCAGCCAUGUUGACAUUCCCAUAACCAAGCUUCAACUGAGGUGUGAGUUGGCCGCUCCACAUGGUUGGUGGAAGGGGGUAAACACUACGAGACGUGUCGAUUCGUGUACGAGCGAUUAGGGUAUCGAUUAAUGGGCAUGCCAUGGAGAAAUGAAACUGUAAUCACACUGCAGGGCACUGUUAAAACGUGGCUGAAUAGGCAGGAGGCAUCAUUUUAUGCAGAGGGUAUUGGAAAGCUGGUGCAUCGGUACGACAAAUGCAUCAAUCUGCACGGUGAUUAUGUGGAAAAAUAGAUUAAAGAUGUACGUUUCUUUUGACAUUAAAAUAAUUUCCCAAUUCAUUCCCAUUUUUUUAUUACAGCCGAUCGGAGGUUGAAAAAAAAAUAACCCUCGUAGCAUGUAUCUCCCUCUUUGCAUCAAUCCAGACAUCGUUAAAAUUUACAAAACAUCUAUUACUUACUUAUUACAUUCCAACAGCUGUUUGAUUUCACAAUAUUAUUACUGUACAAUCACCAUAAUAUCACUUGGUUCUUUUUAAAUCAAGAAAGAAAAUACACAUAAAAUUUUCUUUAAACAGAACCAACCGCCAAAUGUCACUCGGUUCAGUUUAAAUAAAAGUAGAAAACCUCUAUGCAAAAUGGUUGUUGGUUCAAGUGCUCACAGAUAGCAGCAGAGCCUAGAUAUCACUUGGGUCUAUUUUUUUAAAGAAUUUUGUGUGUUUCAUGCAUUCAGUUAUGGGUAUAUCUCAAAAAUGUAAAAAAUGGCGCUUGGUUCUUUUUAUAUAAAAGCCGUCCAAUUCAUUGCUUGUGUACAUAAAUGUGUGUUAAGUGUUAAGCGUUAAGCUUCAAAUAAAGCUUCCUUGCACUAGUUAGGUUGUAUGUAUAUAAGGUCAUACAUGUUAAAUUUUUUAGGUACUGACUAUAUACCUAAAUAAAUAAUAUCACAUGUCUAAAAAUAAUUGAAUUUUGCUAACAGUGUGGAAUUAGUAAUCCUGGGUCAAACAAAUAUUUUAUCUACAAUAAGUAAUACAAUAUUCAAUUUGAAAAAAAUUCAAAAUUCGGGAAUUAUUUUGCAUUCGAUUCGAUUUUUAAAAUGCUGAUUCGCAGACCUCUACAAAACACAUGCGUUUGGUGUCAAGUAAGAAAAAUAAUUUGCCACUGGAUUAUUUUGUGAAGAAAAGAGAAACAUAUGUGAUUUCUACAACAGCAGGUAGUUCGUCUGUGCCAUGUCCAAGUACAUCAGAUGCGGCAAAGCAAAAAUUGUAUGGUGUAUAGCAACUGUAAUGAAUCACUUAUCAUUUCGUAGUGCUGUAUCUCUGGCAUCAUCACUGUCCCUCAUGUUUCCUGACAGCAGUGUUGCCAGUAAAAUGCAGAUGCAAAGAACUAAAUUAGCCUAUAUUGCACCAUAUUUCAGAGAUAAACUUACGAACUCCCUCGAAGUGUGUGACUACAUAGUUAUUGCAUUUGACGAGAGUUUAAAUAAAGUUUCUCAAAGGCAGCAGAUGGAUAUUCAUGUGAAAUUUUGGAAUGAAACUAAAUCUGAGGUUACUAGCAGAUACUUAACUUCUGCAUUCCUGAAUUGUACAUGUGCCAGUGAUCUGUUGAAUUCCCUUCAGGAAUUAGUGGGAUCUCAGCUUCUUAAAAAAACCAUACAAAUUUCGAUAGAUGGUUGUAAUGUUAACUCAAAAGUUGAGAUCUUGAAGCUGCUUUGCAUGAUGGGAGUGCAGAUGCACCUCAUUUACUUAAUUUGGCUACAUGUAGCCUGCAUACAUUACAUAAUGCAUUUAGGGUUGGAUUUUCUGCAACUGGCUGGAAGCUAGUACAGUUUUUGCAUCUAUACAAUUUGUUCAAAAACUCUCUUCCAGAAGAGGAGACUUCAUUCGGUACUCAAAGUCAAAUAGAUUCCCCUUGAAAUUUUAUGCGGUUAGGUGGGUGGAAAAUGUUAAAGUUGCUUCCAGAGCUCAGGAAAUACUACCAGAUUUGGUUACAUAUGCUGAUGGGUUAACCAAAGAGAAAAAAGUCCCCAAUUGUGAAAGUUUCAAAAUUGUGUGAGAGUUAUUACAAGACAAAUUAUUAGGGCCAAAGCUGGCUUUCUUCAGUGCUAUGGCUACUGAAGUGGAACCCUUUUUAAAAGAAUUCCAAAGUAAUGUCCCAUUGGUUCCUUUCCUUCACAGUGCUCUCCAUUCAAUGUUAAAAUCAAUCAUGGAAAGAUUUGUAAAAGAAGAUGUGUUUAAAAAGAAAGAGCUUUCAAAGAUUGAUUUGUCAGCCAGUGAAACCGUUAUCCCUGCAAUGAAUAUUGAUUUGGGUUUUGCUACAAGAUAUGCUUUAAGGAAAUUGUAGACUUACUUCUCUUCAAACAAGAUUGUGCAAAAUUUUACAAAUACUUUGCUAUCAAGAUUCUCUAAGUCACCUCUGGCAUACAAAUUAGCUAAGUCUGUAACCUGUCUGGAUCCACUCGUCAUUGCUAAUAGUAGAGCAUUGGCACAACAGAGAAUGGUCAACCUUCUUAAAACACUUUUUGAAAAAGGAUGGAUCCGUGGAUUAUUUGCAGAGAAAAAAAAAGUGAUUUCCAAAUAAUCUGUAAUUUGCCAAAAAUUCAAGAAUGUGUUGAAUCAUACACAAGAAGUAAUUCAAGUUUGGACCAUUUCUGGAUGACAGCCGUUGGAUUGAGUGAGCUCUUUCCAAAUUUUAUGUCACUUGUAAAAAUUGUGCUUAUCUUAUCUCAUGGUAAUGCAUCUGUAGAGAGGCUUUUCAAUCAAUGCUGAGUGUGUUGUAGAAAAUCAGCUUGAAGAAAGCUUAAUAGCUUUGCGACAAGUGUAUGACAAUGUGUCAAUUCUGGGCAGUAUAAAUAAUCUUCUGAUAGAUUAAAGUCUUAACCAUUCUUGUAAAAAUGCUCAUUCAAGAUACAAAGAACAUUUAGAACUGAAGAAAAAAAGAAUGCAAGAAGAAAUUACCAAUGCUCAAGUCAAGAAACAAAAGGUUUUGGAGAUCAAGGAACUGGAGGCAAAAAAGGCCAAACUACUUGCUGAAGCAGCAAAUAUGGCUUCAUUAAUUAAAGCCGAAAUUGCAAUGAAAAACAGUAAAAGGUAUGCAUAUUUUGUGUGAAUAAGUUGAGUUCGGCAAAUAUUAAAUUGUUUUAAUGGUUGUGUUAUAAAUAGGGCUACUUAUUAUCUAAUUACAGCAAAACCCAUUAUUUACCUUUUUCAUGGGGGCAAAGUAAAAAAGUGUAAAAAGCAGGAAAGUGGAAAAGUAAGAAAUACGUGUUAAUUAAAAUACAGUCGCAUUCUGCAGUGUUCAGAACAAAUACGGGCUACAUUACACAUACGCAUUGCACCACAUAAAAAAAAAAAGAAAAAAGAAAAAAAGGAGCUGCAAAUUGAUGGAAAUUUACUGUCAAUAGCGCGCCGUGCACGGAGAAAGGUCAUUGUACUCCAUCAGCUGUUGUUACGGCGCGGCGUAGCCGCCGGCUGGCUCUCUCUGUUCUCUGAGCUGCGCAUGCGCAGUAUAACUCACUCAACGCUCCAACCAGACUCGUGACCUUCCAUCAGCAGCCAGCCAAUAGAUGCGAGCUUAGCGGAAAAAAAUAUAAGCUCCAUCUCCCGUGUACCAGUUUAUUGGUAUACGCACCAGCUUUCUUGCUGCUGUGACAUGUUCAAGUUUACGUUCAUCUUGAUGUCUUGAUACCAAUAAUUAAUUAUUUACGAUCCCCAGAAAUAAAUGGUUAGUUUAAAAAAUAUGAGUCAACUGUACAGUACUUCCGAAAUUAUAAAAUAUGUAUAAAACAGUUACCAAGACUCCGCUCAUUUUAUCUUGUGAAGUUUAUGUCUCGUACCAGUAUUUCGGCUAAGUUGUGACAUAAACACAGUAUCAGAACUUACAAUCAGCCACGUAAUACUCCCGACAUUCCCGUUACGUUUAUACAUUCGUAUGUUUACGUUUUUCCGUAGUACAUUUUAGAUUGUCUCCUGCUAUGAUUGCUCAGACCUUUACAUGCCUAGGCUUAAAUUAUUACAUGUUUAGAAAUAAAAGCAACUUUUCAUGUUAUAAAAUAUGUAUAUUUUGCGAUUUAAAAUGUUCAUUGCUGACUAAAAACGUUAUGUUUUUCACAAUGUUUUUAGGCCUACUAGCUAAUCUUAUCUACACUUAAAGUAUCCACGGUAUUUUUUUAUUUGAGCAAAUAUAUUGUGUGUUUAUUAUUAUUUUAUUGAUAUAAAAUAUAAAAUAAAUGUAAACACGGGGCUUACGACACUGCCAUCAGUGUCGAGUUUUUAUUUUUACGUUUGAUUAGCUCAAGUGUUGUUUCUGCACGAAUAGGAUAUAAUUUCGAUCGAAAAUACAUCAGCAUAAUAUAUAGUCACGGCAGGUCAUUUCCCGUGGCAGCAGGACAUGACAACAGCAAUUCAUUUCCUGCGGCAGCGGUGGGAAAAAUGGAAGGGGGAGGGGGGAUAGCCACAAAUGGACGUAAUUUGGCCUCGCUGGUUCGUACGUACAACUCGGUCGUAAGGACAAAUUUUUGAGAACCGUGAGUGUACGUAGAAUUGAGGUUUCACUGUAUGUGAUUAAAAUAUCGUCCAGAAACUCGACAGCGCUCGCAGCGCAAAUAGAGCCAGCACUUAUUCGCCAUCUUGUAAUGUGUUUGUUGUGGUUUUCAAUAUGAAUGCAAUCUUUGACGCAUUUCACAUGUUUAUUCUUGGACAAUUCUUUUACAGUUUCAUCAUCUAUGGCGAUUGCACCUAGUUAUGGUUGUUACGUGACGUAAAUAGCGGGAUGGUUUUGAUUUUUGAGACGUAAUUCACGUUAAGUAUUGUAUUGGACUAAAUGGGAACUAAACGGGACCUGAAGAAUAUAGUGCAAAUAACGGGAAAACAUAAAUAACGGUAACGUAACUAAUGGUAACGUAAAUAAGGGGUUUCGCUGAAAUUGUAAUACCUAGGCUAUACAGUACUGUUUAAUUUUGGUGACUUGAGAUUAUAAAUUUUUAUGUUGGUGGUAGGUUUUGUUUUUUUUAAGUUCAUUGAUUUAAUUUUUAAGCCUAUAGUUAAGUUGUUUAUUGUUUAACGCCAAUAAAACAUCAUAUUGUGUGUGCUUUGUGUAACAAAAAUGAAAAUUGUAUGCAAAUAUUGAUAAAAACCACCCUUGAAAAACCUGGAAAAAAACAGGAAUUUUAUUAUCCCAGAAGAGUGGCCACCCUGUCAAAGCCAAACAAAAUAGACAAGGCAUAUUGUCCUGCCCACUUCCUUCCCCAAACUAACCUGCUAGUGAUUCAGUUUGUCAACCUAGCCACGUGGUGUUUCGUUUUUUUCAACUAACCGUGUUUUUGCUUGUUGGAGAUGUCAUUUAAAUACUUACACUUAAGAGGCCACUCCAGUCCAGGAGGCAUUUCAUGUUGGCGUUUAGUUCCUUAUAGCAUUAAGCUUGAGUUCCUUGGAUUAGUAUAGGAAGGGAACCCUCACACCCAACCCGUCCUUCUUCCACAUCUUAGGCUCAGCGCACACGGAGCAACUGUUUUGUGACAACAGUCGCAAAACGGUCGAGCUCACAACGGUUUUGUGACCACGACAUCGCACGGGGGUGCGGAACUGCACACGAGGCGAUCGGUUUGAGACCAGUCUCAAACCAGUUGCAUGCAACUGUGGAUCCCGGGUCGCAGUUGCAUUGUAACCUUCGUCUCAAACAGGGCCUUAGACAGACAUCACGACACGACAACACUCCAGCUCCCCCGCCGAUACACCUACACGUAAAUUAUUAAAAUGACUACAAAUGCGGCACUACCUAAAUACGUAUCUGUGUCCUUGCUAAAACAUAUACACAGCACCCUGCUGCCGGUUCAAUGAUUCAAGUCAAAGUCUGCCGGGGUACAGUCUCUCGUGGUUUUUUUAAAGUAAUUAUUUCGCAUAUUUCCAAUGUGACUCACGGAUGAAUGACGAUUUUUGCGCCGGAUAAUUUUAUGUUAUAAAAUGUUCACUUUUAUGAGACAAAAAAAAAGUGCUCUUGGGCGCUCAGGCUUUUUCCGUAUAACAAUACGCAAUAUGGCAGUAAUGAAACUUGCAUAUCAUAGAAUUGGAUCAUUACUAAUUUCAAGUAUUUGAAAGAAAGGCGUACACGUCUUAAUUGCGCCAAAUAAAGACGAAAUAAUUUAGAAAUUGAAUACGCCGCAUUAAUGACAUUGUGGACAAAACUAAUUGUAAAGGGGAAAAACGGCAGAGGUUCUGUGUGUGAAGUACGAAGGCAAACUAAAAUUGUUUCGUAAACUUAUUUCGGUAUAGUGGAAACAUAUAUGUACAGCUGUAACAUGUCAUAUUUGUGUAUAGCAAUUAACAUGUUGCCGAAAUUAAUGUUAUUUUACUUUGUGAAUGUUAUUGCAGAAUAAGUAAACAAAGUGAGUGCUAAUUUUAAUUUAAUUUAAUAUUUUAUGAAAAGACUAGGUAAUGUAAUUUUUUUUUAAUUUAUCAAGCCCUAUGUGGGUAUCAAUUA